CUGUGCUCUAAACCUCUCGCUUAUCUUUGCUGGUUCGUUGUUAUUAAUUAAUGAACCAUGAGCAUCACGUCAUAAGCAAAGCAACGUGUGUUGAAUUUAAUUAUCGAUAUGAAGAGUCAUAAAAAUUAUUAAUAUAAAAAUGUGGUCUACCAAGAUAUGUGCAGUAUUAAUUUACCUGUCAAGCCUCUUCAACAGUGUACUUAAUUUAAAUGAAGACAGAUUUUACUGGUUGAAUGAAGGCAAAAAUGAUAUCUACACUGCUCUUAACUUAGAAAAAAUUGAAAAACCGUCAAAAAAUGUUAUUCUAUUUAUUGGUGAUGGAAUGGGUUUAACAACAACUACAGCAUCAAGGAUCUAUUCCAAGUCUGAGAGUGGUUUUCUGUCUUUUGAAAAAUUUCCUCACAUAGCAACAAUAAAGACUUACAACGCUGACAAAUUGGUUCCCGAUUCAAGCAGCACGGCCACCGCCCUUUUUUCUGGUGUGAAAACCAAUUUGAAAACGUCAGGCGUUGAUUCUAGUGUAAAAUUAGACGACUGUGAAGCCUCCCUAAAGCCAGAAGCGCGGAUUGACGGCUUAAUGAAAUGGGCACAAGAGUCAGGAAAAUCUACUGGAUUCGUAACAACUACGCGCAUCACUCAUGCCACCCCCAGCGCACUUUACGCUCACACUCCCAACAGAAACUGGGAAUGUGAAAGCACGAUACCAGAAAAUUCGAAACGAUGCAAAGACAUUGCCAGACAAUUGAUUGAAGAUGAGCCGGGAAAAAACAUAAAUGUUGUGAUGGGCGGAGGAAGACAGUGUUUACAAUCAGGAGUUGAAGAUAGACCAGGUGAUCCUGUUGAUAGAUGGGCGUGCUAUAGUACAGAUGGACGAGAUUUAAUUCGAGAUUGGGAGUUAGACAAGAAAAGAAGAAAUAAAAGUUAUGCCACUCUGACAAAUAAUGAAGAACUGGAGAGGGUAGAUACCAGCAAAGAAUUUGUUUUAGGAGUUUUUGCAAAUGGGCACAUGUCAAUGGAUUAUGCACGAGAUAAGUCACCAACGGGUAUGCCUUCUCUCACAAACAUGACAAAAAAAGCAAUCGAAAUCUUAAAUCGAAAUUCAAAAGGAUACAUUUUGGUAAUAGAAGGUGGUCUUAUUGACUUUGCCCAUCACAGAGGCAAUGCUAGAAAAGCCCUAGAUGAGACAGUUUCACUUAGUGAUGCAGUUCAGCUAGCUGUAGAAAAAACCAAUCCACAAGACACAUUAAUUAUAGUCACCAGUGAUCAUUCCCACUCUUUGGUGUUUACUGGGUAUUCUUCUAGGAACACUAGUGUUUUAGACAUUGCGCAAAAGUCAAAAAUGGACCAGAUUCCUUACACCUCUUUGCUCUAUGGAACUGGUGGUCCAAAUAAUUAUCAAUUUUUAGUUAUUAAUAAUACCGUUUCAAGAAGAGAUCCUUCAUUGAACAAUACUACAGAUUUUGAAUAUUCACAACAAGCUGUUGUUUUAACAGACGAAGUUACUCAUGGUGGAAGUGAUGUUUUGGUCUAUGCUAAAGGUCCUAUGUCUCAUUUAUUUCACAACGUCCACGAACAGACAUACGUUGCUUACGUAAUAAGUUAUGCAGCAAAAAUUGGUCCAUUUAAAAGUGAAGCUUCAUCCCUUAAUUACAGUAAUUUGUUUUUAAGCAUCUCUGUAUUAUUAGUACUAAAAAAUAAUUUUCAAUGUAGCCUUCGUUAAAUAAAAUUUCCUGGAUCCGGA